AUGAAAAGACUUACAAUGUCAGUGCAACGUGGCAUUCAGACUUCUGAACACUGCCAAGCUGGCAUCGCCAAGCUGGCACUGAACAGGCCCGGGCCGUGCCGCCGCCUCGGGAAACCCUCUGGGGAGUCUCGGGGAGGCCAGCGUGGCCCAACUAACCCACAGACCGAGUGCCAGGACCACCAAGCCCCCUGGGGAACACUUUCUGCCCUCCACUCGGCAGCGCGUGCCCAGCGCCAUAAACCCCUGGCGACCACAGUGACCGCGCGGCGGGCACCCGGCCGGUGGCACGCAUACGCUGACCGCUGCGGCUGCCUCGGGCCCCCGCGACCCCAGCGCCGAGACUCCGGAACGUUCCACCCCCGAUUCUCGGGUACUUGA